AACACAAUGCUUUCUUCAAAUGAUUCCACGUUUUUCUUUCUCGUUAUUCUUUUUGUUGCCACCAUUUUAAGCCCUCUCGCCAAUGGUCAAGGCUUGAAAGUGGGGUUUUACGAGAAAACCUGCCCAAAUGCAGAAGCCAUAACAGGGAAAGUGAUUGGUCAGGUCAUGUCGGUGGCACCUAGCCUUUCCGGUCCUUUGUUGAGGAUGCACUUUCAUGAUUGCUUUAUUAGGGGUUGUGAUGGAUCAAUUCUACUCGAUUCUCCAAAGAAUGAUACUGAAAAGUACUCGCCUCCGAAUCUAAGUCUUCGAGGGUUUCAAAUCAUUGAUAAAGUUAAAGUUGCAUUAGAGAAAGAGUGCCCGGGAGUUGUCUCGUGUGCCGAUAUCUUGGCCAUUGUAGCAAGGGAUGUGUCAGUCGCGACUAAGGCACACUUUUGGGAAGUCGAGACCGGUCGUAGAGAUGGAAAAGUAUCAAAACUAGCUGAUGCUUUGAACUUGCCACCUCCAUUUGCUAACAUAUCAUCAUUGAAAUCAGAUUUCCUUCAACGUGGUCUUAACACAAAAGACCUUGUAGUCCUUUCCGGCGGGCACACGUUGGGCACAUCCCAUUGCUCUUCAUUCAACAACCGACUCUACAACUUCACCGGAAAAGGCAACAUUGGCGACUCAGACCCUACCUUGGACUCAGAAUACGCAAAGAGGCUAGCAAUGAAAUGCAAGCCGGGAGACCAAACAACGUUGGUGGAGUUGGACCCCGGGAGCUUCAAGACAUUCGACGUGAACUACUUCACCCUCGUGGGUAAGCGACGUGGGCUGUUACAAUCGGACGCAGCACUUCUUGACGAUAAAGAAACCAAAGCUUAUGUCGAGAAAGCUGCGGCUGGUGGAUCUAGUUUCUUCAAGGACUUUGGUGUGUCAAUGGUUAAGAUGGGCAGGAUUGGUGUCCUCACUGGAAAGAGUGGUGAAAUCAGGAAGGUUUGUUCUAUGGUUAAUUAAAUUUAACCAAUCA